AUGGGCGUGUACCCGGCCACGACGCGGCGGGACGAGUUCACCGUCGUCGUCGGGAGGGGAAACAACCGGCAGAGCGUGACAUUCGAGCGCAAGACCAACGCCGAGAUGGAGGAGAUGCUGCAUGAACACGAGACCAGCGAGGUUCCUGCGCGUAUUGGAAACCCCGUCGCGAGGUGGGACACUAACUUUGUCGCCUCCAACGAGCCGUGCGAGGACCGUAGCGCCGCCGACAUCGUUCCCCGUGGCAAGGAAGGGGAGACGGGCCAGCGCGACCUCGCCUUCUUCUCUGUCAUUGACGGACACGCCGGCGCAGCGACAUCCGAGCUCCUUUCGCGUACACUCCACCCUACCCUCGCUCUGGGUUUGGCCGGCCUCCAGGCUGGCAUGGUGCCCGGUCGCUCGUGGUAUGGCCAGAUCUAUGACCUGUUCACGUGGGCCAAGACGUGGAGUCCAAUCAACAUCGCAAAGAGUCUCGAAGCCUCGUUCGUCAAGCUUGACGACAACAUCUCGGCUGGGCCUAUCCGCGCGCUCCCGGACAUGCUCACCGACCAGUCGGAGGAGGCGCGUGAGAAGUUUGCUGCACUUGCUGCGCCUGCUGCGGCCGGGGCUGUGGUUGGCACGGCGCUGGUUGACGCCGAGAACGACGGUCUCUACGUCGCUGUCACAGGCGACUGCCGUGCAGUGGCCGGCUGGUAUGGGCCAAAUGGGUGGCGCUCCGACACGCUCAGCGAGGACCAGAUGGGCGAUAACCCGAAGGAAGUGGCCCGAAUGCGUGCCGAGCACCCACCUUACGAAGGCGACACGGUGAUCCGCAACGGGCGCGUGCAGGGUGGCCUGCAGCCAACGCGCGCCUUCGGUGACGCUGUGUACAAGUGGACAACAGUGCAGGGCGAGGCGGUGAACGCGCUCAUCAAGGACGCAGGGGAGAAGCCUCGGAGUAUCCGGCCGUGGAACUUCACGCCGCCAUACGUCACGGCUCGGCCCGAGGUCGAGUACCGCCCGCUCAAGGGGGCAAACGGCGAGAAGCUGCGCUUCGUCGUGCUGGCUACUGAUGGCUUAUGGGACCGGAUCACGUCUGAGGAGGCUACACUGUUGAUGGCCGCCUAUCUGAACAACAAGAAGCGCAACGAUGUCAACAAGGCCAAGCUGGCACAGGAGAUUCCAGUGGCGACGACUGAGCCCCGCCCCUUCCCCGUGCAGGACCUGCCUGGGUCUGGGAAGCGCGACCAGGGGCAGUGGGUAUUCGAAGGCGACUCGAACGCAGCCACGCAUCUGAUCCGCAACGCUCUCGGCGGCGGCGACCGCAAGCUGCGCGGCGAGCUUCUCUCCUUGAAUGGCAAGGUCGCUCGCUACUUCCGCGAUGACAUGACUGUGACGUGA